AUGAUAUGCAACGACGAUCCCAACUCUGCCGCUGCUGUCGUUCAGCAGCCUCCCGAUAUCGAUUCCUCAUCCCACUUAAGAGCAGACUACUCGGUGGAAUUUUCCUUCAGAGGCAAGCCAUUGCCUCCCUCCCCACCGGCUACCUCCCCGCGACCCCAUCAACCUCUGUCGUCUUCCUCUACCUCCACUGCCCCACCUACUACAGUGACGGCCAUUCCUCGUAUCCUGCCCUCCGUAGUUUACUCGCCGACCACACGCAACAAAGGUGCUCGACGUCAGCGUGGGGCACGAAAGUCGGAAAGUAAAAAGGAUUUUAUUGCAAAUUUGAACAGUUACCAGUCAGCCGUCCUUGCCCCUCCAUCAUUCCAUUCCAGGCUACCAAGUGAUCUCGAGUCAACGCUGCAACCCAACAUUGCAAUCCCCUUUCUACCUCCUCUCAACGACUCCUUCCAACGCCCAAUGAUGCCACCAGUGAUCGGUGGCGAUCAUAAUUCGCUGUGUGAUACUGCACCAAUCUACGCAUCACCCUGGUCCAUAGAUCAGGACCGUGCAAACUUUAUGAAUACCUUUCAGUCUGCUGUGGACGCAUCAGGCGGGCAGCAAGGUCUUCAUAGCUAUACUGUGUUGCCGACGGGGGCCCAACUGAUAGCCGUUAAUCAGGUACUCACCAGUGGCGGAAGUGGUGAAGUUGGUACUGGUGGCUUCGCUUCCCCAGGGUGGCCCCUCUGUGAUUCGUCUACGGUUCCUGUCCCCAACCCACCCCUCCAGCCAUCUCCGAAUUCCGACCUUACAUCCGUCAUGGAGGUAGGACCAAAUCAACCACGCUGUCCAUGGACGAAUUCGGCCCCCGUUAAGAGUGCUCUCUCACCCAGUCCGUGUCUCGUAUACUCCCAGAGGGAGUUUGAUCGAAAUCGAGAGGGCGAGAAGGACCAGAGUUUUAUGCAUACGGGUGACUACCACUCAUACUGGUCAGAGCAAGCCACCCUGCCUCAGAUACUACCCCAAGACUGGAAGCCCUCCGACCUGCUCUUCUGCUCAAUGCCGUCUCGAUUCAAUGACUACAAUAGUAAUAGUUACGAACAAGUUCGUGAGCCCACUUCUUUCGGACAGAACAGUCCAGCCUUACCGCAAGGAAUGAAUGAUUAUUUUAGUGAUAACUGGAAUACCGUCCGUAGCAUGUCCUUCCCCGAAAGGUCUUCCGUUCCCAGUCCGAAAAACCCCACAGAAGCGGGGAAGAAUGAGCAGCUGUCGAAUGAACUAGGCCAUAUAUCGGACGCAGAACAUUUUCAGAGUCUCAACCGACUAGGUGAGAUUGGAAGAUGUGCAACGAAUCUCGGAUCACUACUGAUGAUGCCGCAGGUGUCUGAAACGACUGAUGAGCUCUCACUGGCAAAGCAGUCAUCCCACGCCAUACCGGCUGCCUUCAACGCCGAUGUGAGGGGUGGCAAAUGGUCUGACGGCGAUCGGCGGGACAGUCGUCUCGUUCUCCCGACCACCGGCGAGGACGAUUCGGCUAUCACGGUCUCCUCGUCCUCCAUGGACUCUGAAAUGAACCCCUUAGUCAAUGAAGCCAAUGAGCUGAGUGAAAAAGAUCUACAGGCCAAAUCGAAUGGUCAAGUGCGACGUUCCCCUACUGCAUUUCCUGGGCUGGACGCUCUUCCUCUUUACCUACAAGAUAAGUUCAAGGAGGGUGAUUCUAACUGGUCAGAGCAGCUGCGUCAGGCAUCUUACUUUGGACAAUCGCAACCACAAGUCUUACAACAACUGACGCAAGCUCCUCAACCACUUCUACCCAAUCCCUUCGUCAAUGUGGGCAAUCUCCUCCUGUCCGAGCAACAUGACCACCAUGUUCCCCCAGCGGAACAUGACUCCAUGUCACCGUCGGUCGGCGCCAAAUUGAAUGACCUAAUGCCGGCCUACCUGACGGCCACAGGAGCCGAACAACAGCAGCAGCAGACUGAUGGUGGCAGCGACGGUCUAGCAAACCUACCCUUUUUACCGCCUUUGCCUUUUGGAAACUUUCAAAACUGUCCACAGACCUUACGUCUUCUACCCUUCAAAAAUGGUCCUGGCCGGCCGGAAUCCGACCAGGACUUCGAUUUUGGACUGAUGAGCACACCGCUGCAAUUCACUUCGCUGCCGAGUUGUACAGAGUCACCGACAGACAACUACGACGCGCCCUCAACCCAGGAUCACGAGGAGUUCCCCUCGUCAGAUGAUCUUGAGCAUUUUGCCAAAAUGUUCAAACAGCGCCGGAUUAAGCUGGGCUACACUCAGGCGGAUGUCGGGUUGGCCUUGGGAACUCUGUAUGGGAACGUCUUCAGUCAGACCACAAUCUGUCGCUUUGAGGCGCUUCAACUCUCCUUCAAGAAUAUGUGCAAGUUAAAACCCCUUUUGCAGAAAUGGCUCCACGAGGCAGACUGUUCCACGGGCACAACAAGUAGCCUGGACAAGAUUGCAACUCAAGGUAGGAAGCGGAAGAAGCGGACCAGCAUUGAGGUGGGUGUAAAGGGGGUCCUGGAGGGUCACUUCAUCAAACAGCCAAAACCGGCUGCUAUGGAUAUCACUCAGCUGGCAGACGCUCUUGGGCUGGAGAAGGAAGUUGUUCGUGUGUGGUUCUGCAACCGUCGACAAAAGCAGAAACGUCUAAAUCCUAUGUUCGAUUCUGCGGCGUCUACGGUUGGAGAUCAUCUAACCGACAGCCAGGCAAGUGAUAAUUCUCUUGGUUACGAUCCAGACCACAAUGGCGCUGACGGUCUUUCGGGUACUGACGUUUCCGCUCAUGAAACCGAGGUCGCGACCUCCCAGCACCAACAACAACAGCAGCAGCAGCAGAGCUUGCGCUUCUGUACAGUUUCAGAGUCGGAGGGUCUCCACAACCCCAGGACGACCAUGUACUACAGCAAAGAGUCGGAACAGGAGGGACUGGAAAACUACCCCAAGAGCUACAGUCCGAGGCAGUUUUUCCCUGGUAACGAGGCCUCUGGGGCGGAAGCUUCUCCACACCCUCACCUUCUGUCGUCCUACAACUCAAUGUUCUACACCAGCACUCCCAGCCAACUCGUUCCAGAAGCCCUGGCCAUGAGCGCAGCCUCAUCGGCCUCCACGGUCGCGACCGCAGCCUCCGCAGUCGUUGCCGUCAGUGGUGUUCCCUCAACAAUUUCCAGCUCCCCCCAGUUUGUCUCGAAUGGUGAAACCGAGGGAGUUUAUCAACAGCAGCAGCAACAACAGCAACAGCAAAACCACCAAAUCCACCAGAGUGAACAUUUGCAGCUGCGGGUCCCCGAUGAGAUCCCCGAAGGGGUACCUCUACCCUGCCUCCCCGGAGAUAUGCGGUUACGGUCUCAGUCGCAUCAGCAGCAGCAGCAGUGCGAUUUCCUCCUAAUGAAUCAACAUCACGCUGCAGACUACUCCCUACCACCGCCUUCACACGUUACGGCCACCACGUACCAACUGCCAGCAGAGGUAAAACCGGAGUGUCCCUUCGAGUUCCAGAUAAACGAGUCCGGCCUUCUGAAGCAGCCGAUGGAGGCUGUGGUUUACUCAGCUUGA